AUGGAGGGAGGCAAACACUUGCCUCCCUCACAGCUGGCCAAAAAACUUGUGUCACCUGUGAAACCCUCUCCAGCACCGCAAUUGUCUGGCUCCAGCACUGCACAUCGGCGCCCAGAACCCAUUCCCCAACAGUUGCGCUUCCUCUGUGGCCCUUCUGAGGCCGACGAUGAGGAACUUGUGCGUGCCACACAAGAGUGUGAGACACAGCUGCAAACAGCAGCCACCAUGCCUCCUCUAGCAGCCACCAUGCCUCCUCCAACAGCCGUCAUGCCUCCUCCAACAAGAAAUAUCCUGCAUGGUCUGAGGAUAUCUUGGCCCAGCUGGAUGAACCAGUACCAGCGCCUCACAUUUCUUCUGGAAGGACUGAUGCGCUGGAACGAGGACAGAAUGAAGGACUCUGUUCAAGCACCCACUUCCAUGCGCACCUACGGCAGUGUUCUGCAGGAGGCCGUGGAUCAGCUCAGCCAAGCCGUUCUGGGAAAACGUUGGGAUGAGCAGUACCGCAGUCCUGGAGUCUACACAGGUGAAUUGUUGGCCAUGGAGUACCUGUACAGCCAGACUGGCAUAUCACUUACUCCAACGCUCCACAACCAAGAGGAGGAGGACCAGCUGGUGGAGGACAUUGAUGACGAGGACAUUGAGGACGAAGGCUUUGAGGAGGAGACAGAGGACAUCACAGUUCCUGUGCUGACUGACGAUGACCAUGACAUUGAAAGGAGGCCCUCAACCACAAGGCGUCGGGCACCUUCACCACCACCUCUACCAGAACUGCCGUCCACGUCCACGGGUGGAGGUCAGCGUCCAGUUGCUGCUGCCGCCGUUCCGUCCACGUCGGGUCAAGGACUGCACCCUGCUGCUACUGCUGCUGCCACCACUUCAGGGGCUCAGGGCGUCGUCGUUGGACCGGAUGGCAUUCCUGGGUGGGACAAAGUGCAAGAGCUGGCUGCUUACCUGGUGGACCUGCGAGAUGCCGCCUACCUCACUGAGCCACAGGUGACCGAGGUCAUCCAGCUGUGGGCGGCACUCCCAGACAGCGACAAAGAGAGGAUCGACUACCAGCCACGUCACCAGGAGCGGCUGUCGUCUGGUUGA